CAAACUCCUCAAACUCUGGUUCGCUUAUUCUAAAAAUGUUAGGAGUGAGAGAAAAGUGAAGGAAGCCAGAUAGAGUUGAGGUUUUUAAAUAUGUUUUCCAUCUCUAAAUCACUCCAAUCGUUUUUUAUUGACAUAAUCCAAAAGUUAUUUUGAGGCAGGGAUUUUCAUUGUGUUCAGACUCUCAUAAAUUAUUUGUAAAGUUGCUUUGAAGAAACUCCGAUUCGAGCAAGUGGAGCAUCAAUUCGGACUUGGAUCUUCUUUUGGGAUAUAACUGUUUCCAGCAUUUCUAUGCUACUGGUCUACGUUAUUACAUUGAUAGGUCAGUUAUUUGUUUGAAGGACGUUUCCAAAACAAAAGCCUGCUUUUUGUUCGUCGUUGAGUUUGAGCUUUUUACCUUUCACCUGUCAUUGUAGCCUAAAGACUGAAAAUGUCUGCUGAAAGAUAUUCAACUUUGGAUGAACCGUCGCUUCGGAAUCUGCUGGAUGGGACGAUGGACCUGGAUGAGCGGCGGCUGAUCCGUUCAGCCAUCAGAGAGCUGAGGAGGAGAGAGAUAGAGGACAUGGAGGCAACCCUGGCCAGCAAACGCUUCCGGCACAAACGCCUCAACCAGAAUGACGACAAAGAGAACCAGCUCACAAAUAGGUCAGAUUUGGCUGACUCCCUAAACAUCCUCUCUGUGAAACUACAAGCCAUCCAGGACAUUGAGGAACUGUCUGGACUGCUGCGUGCGGCCACUGAGUAUGAGGAGAGGAAACUGAUCAGAGCUGCCAUCCGCCGCCUCCGAGACGAGGAGCAGCAGGGUACAGGGCAGAAAGGGAGAACCACCGACCGAUGUCUAGAAUCUGAGGGCCUGGAUCUCCAAAACAGCCUGGGAGCAGGGGACACAGAGAGGGAGAGCUUUGGCGAGCGAGAGAGAAUCAAGUCACAGAUCCGGGAGCUGCGCAGCCACCAGACGCAGCAGGGCAGAGAGCUACAUAGGACAGGCUCCAACUCAGGCAUGGUUCUGGUUCUGGACCCCCUGGUGAGGAAAGAGGUCUCCGGCCCUCUGCUGAACCAUCCAAAGAUCUGGGACCCUGUGACAUCAUCAGAGCUGGAUGUGGUCCUGUCCCACCGCCAGUGCUCUGAUUCGACAUCCUCGGACCACACCCUGGCCUCCAGGCCCCGUCUCGACUCAGGAGCCUCAGAGAAGAGCCUGGGUCUGGGCUCAGCCUUCAGAACCAGGGUAGACUCAGGAGCGUCAGAAAAGAGCCUGGGUCUGGGCUCAGCCUUCAGGACCAGGGUGGACUCAGGAGCAUCAGAAAAGAGCCUGGGUCUGGGCUCAGCCUUCAGGACCAGGGUGGACUCAGGAUCGUCAGACAGAAGCCAGUGUUCAGUCCACAGAGGCAGACUGGACUCUGGGGCCUCCGAGUCCCGCUUCAGACCGAGACUAGACUCUGGCACGUCAGACUCCAGCACGGAACCGCCAGCCCCUCUAGGCUCUGAGACUUCUGACAGCACAGGGCUGCUGUCACGGAAACGACGGGACUCUGGGACUUCUGACCUGAGCGUGGGUGUGUCUUCUGUUGAGCGGGGCCGUGUGGAAGAGCCAGAGGUGACCAUGAGUAGCUCCUCCUCCAGCACAGAUUCAGAGGCUGAGAGCACCAACCACCAUUCAGCCCAACCCCGCCCAGACCGCUCCACUACCAACUGUGAUCAGCCUGAUGGGGCCGUCCUAUCCAGGAAAGCCUCAGACUCCCACAGUACCCUGCUCAAUGGCAGUUCCAAGGGAAGAGGAGACAUCCAGGAACAGAAGGUCAGAGAUACUUUAUUCACUACUGUCAGCAAAGCAAGCGAUGCAGUGCCUGAAAAGGAGCCGGUUGUCUUGGCCCCGUUUGGCCGGGCUAACUCUGUGCGGGACCGUAUGCGUAAGUUCACAGAGCCCAGCCCAAGCCCCAGUGUCCCGUUCCUGAAGAGGGGCUCUCAGUCUCUAAGGAAUGGGACAGCCCCCAGUGCCCGAGUCCUAGGCAGAGCCACCGAGCUGAGUGAGGGACGAGCAGCAGCGCCAGUCAACCAAACAGCAAUGACCACAGCAGUAUCCAUCAGAUCCCUUACAGACAGGCACGGGAGAUCCCAUGUAGGUUCUACAUCGUACUCUUCAUCCUCCUCCUCCUCAGAGAACCUUGUCCAAUGCCAGGGCACAAUUCAGCCAGGGGGCGUGGCCACCAAAGAUCUGCAAACCGCUGCUCAAUCCAUGAGCACAGUAGGCGGGGCGAAGCAGCCGGCUAAAAAGCUGCAGCACUCCUCGGGCAUCUCAAAGGAAGACAAGACCCUAGGGAACCAGGGAGAGGCAGACCCCGACAUGAAGACCUUCCUAACUAUCGAGAUCAAAGAUGGACACACCAUCACCACCUCCUCCUCCUCCUGCUCCUCCUCCUCUUCCUCUAGAGGCAACCUGGCCUCCAUGACCCCCAUGGCCCCACGCAUCACCACCAACUCCAUGGGACAGAGAGCAGAGUUGACCAUGGGUCUGAGAGCCACCCCCUUCAAGACCUCCUCCUCCAGCCUCACUUCUGGAUCCUCUUUCAAGAUGGAGACAGAGCCUGUGAUGGCCUCAGAGCCAGUGUUUGCAGUGGAGCCCUCGGUGCAGGUGGCAUGCUGUCAGGCCCCGGCUACUGUACCCAACGGCUCUUCUGCAGCUCGGGCCAAAGUCGAAGAACGCUCCGGAAAACUGACUGCAGAACAGCUGGCCGCCAUCGACGACGAGGAGCUCCUGGAUAAAAUGCUGGAUGAGUCCAGGGACUUUGAGGAGAGGAAGAUGAUCCGACAAGCCAUGAGAGAUCUGCGUAAGAGGAAGAGAGACCAGAGAGAAAAGGAGAGAGAGGUUCGUCUUGUGGAGCUUCGGCAGCAGAGAGAAGAGCGCGCUCAGAAGGGUCGUACGGGAGGAGGAGGAGCUGAAGAGGUCGUGAUGAGGAAGGUGGAGAAGUCAGCUGAUGGCUCCACCCUCAGCCAAGUCACCAAGACAAACCACUUCGCCCAGUCUGGGGAUGGCAGCAGGACAGCUCACAGCACCAUCAUGGAGGCCAGUUAUGUGAAGAAAACAGACAUGGGGACAGUCCAGUCGAAGUCCUACAGCUACUCGUCUACCUCUUCCAGCUCCGCCAGGAAAGUGGGCAGUGUGUUUGACCGUGAGGAUGACUCGGCGUCCCGUGCUGCGGAGCGCCGGCAGGCAGAGAAGCGUAAGGAGCUGAUGAGAGCCCAGAGUCUGCCCAAGACGUCCGCCGCACAGUCCCGCAAAGCCAUGAUCGAGAAGUUGGAGAAGGAGAGCGGAGGUCCAGGGAAUAAAGCGGUUGCCAAGGUGAACAUGGUCCAGCGCUCCGCUAGCUGUGUGGUGCCCAAUGCCAACUCCAUCAAACAGAUGCUGCUGGACUGGUGCCGUGCCAAGACACGCUCAUACGAGAAUGUGGACAUCCAGAACUUCUCGUCCAGUUGGAGUGAUGGCAUGGCGUUCUGUGCCCUGGUCCAUAACUUCUUCCCAGAGGCCUUUGACUACUCCUCUCUCACCGCUGCCAACCGCAGACACAACUUUGAGGUGGCCUUCAGCACUGCAGAGAAGCUGGCUGACUGUCCCGAGCUGUUGGACGUAGAGGACAUGGUGCGGAUGCGUGAGCCAGAUUGGAAGUGUGUGUACACGUACCUGCAGGAGUUCUACAGGGGCCUGGUGACCAAGGGCCUGGUUAAAACCAAAAACUCCUCCUAGAGUCACACCCCUAGGACCCCAAAUGCACUCAUGGGAAUGUGCCAACUGCAUGCCCCUACUGGAAGUGGAGGACAUGAUGAUCAUGGGGAGGAAGCCUGACUCCAAGUGUGUGUUCACCUACGUGCAGUCACUGGUCAACCACCUGCGCAGGCACGAGAUGAAUCUCGCCAAGGCCUUUGCCAAACUCCAGGCCACCGACUUCUGAUCUGCCCCUGAGCUCACAGUGUGUCCUCUCCCAUCACACCACUAUACUGUACCCCUCCUGUCCUCCUAAGCCCUGUCCCUCAACACCACCCCUGUCCCAACAGGCUGACAGCAGCCCAGACUCUGAGUGAGGGGUGUUACUGAUUUGCACAUCUCUGAUGGCCAACGACAGAAGAGUGUUUGUGUAGAAGUGUCUAUCUCUGAUGAUUAUCUUUGUUGACAGUGGUGGCAUGUCAGACAGAAAUUCCCCUCCUCUGGACACACAUCUAUUCAUGCUUUGGAAGUCCUAGGUUUAUGGCACCAACAAAACCCUGCAUGAAAUGAACAUGAGAAAAAUAUGCAUUUUAUUGUACUCACUCACCUUAAUGCCUACAUUUUUUUUUCUGUGACAAUUGUAAGAUGUUACUCAAGCUGUUGGUGAUGAUGAAGAAAAAUAAUAUGCAUCUGUUUUAUAUUCCUUCAGUCCCCACUCUGGUUCUGUUUAAGGUGUUAACAAAUCUGCUUGCUUUUUAAAACACAUCUACUUGAA